AUGUUAGCCCCAGGGCCACAAGCAGAAAGUGAGCAACUAGGGGAGCUAACCUCAGACUCAGAGCUUCAAUCUGAGUUGCUGACCUCAGGAUCACAGUUGGAAGUUAUGAAAUCUGUGGCCUUAACUCCGGGACCACACCUGGAAAGUAUAAAAUCUAUGGAGAUAGCCCCAAAUCCACAGCUGGAAGGUGGGCAAUCUGUGGAGAUAAACCUGGAAUCACAGAUAGAUGUCAUAUCUGUGGAAUCCACCCCUGAUUCCAAGCCUCAAGGUGUGAACUCUGUGGAGUUGACUCCAGGUUCAAGAAUUCAAGAUUUAAAAACUGGAGAGUUGGUCCCAGGUAUACAGCUGCAAGAUUUGAAAGCUGUGGAAUUACAACUUGGGCAAGAUGAGAAGUUCAUGGUUUUUGCACCAGGGCUGUUGCCUCAAGAUGUAAAACCUGUGGAGUUGAUAUCAGGGUCCCAACAGCAAGAUAUGAAUUGUCGAGAGUUAACUUCAGGAUGGCAAGGAGUGAAAUCAGUAAUGUUGGCACAAGAGCCAACUAGGAGGUUCCCACCAGGACCAAUGUUGACUAGUGUCAGAUUUUCAAAUUUGUCUCCAGAAUCUCAGCAACAAGGUAUGAAAUCUUUAGAGUUUACUCCAGAGUCAAAAUUGCAAAGUAUAAAAUAUGGGAAAUUGUCUCCAAUGUCUUUGCAGCAAACUACAAAAUCUGUGGAGUUAGCACAAGGGUCACUCCUUCAAAGAGUGAAAUGUGGGGAACAAAUUCUAAGAACGAAUUAUCAAAUAGCAGAAUCCUCUGAAAUAACUCCUAGACCAGGGUUUCAGUCUGCAAAAUAUGCAGAGAUGAUCCCAAAGCCAAGGCAUCAAGUCCCUAAAUCUGUGAAUUUGAUUUCAAUGCCAAUUUAUCCAGCCACAGAAUCUUCAGAAAUAGCCCAAGGGUUGGCACAGAAAGGCACUGAAACUGUAGAUACAUUUGUGGGGUUGACCCCAAAGUCAACAGGUAAAGACAUGGAGUCAUCAGGGAUGCCGCUGCAGCUGGAUCUUCCAGUAUCAAAAUUCGUUGAUCUGACUCCAGUGCUGCUGGAUCAAGGCUCAAAAUCCUUAGAAUUAACUCCAGAGAAAAACUACCAAGUCCCAGAAACUCUGGAAUCAUUGUCUCCAUCAUGGCCUCAAGUUAAGGACUUGGGGGAGUUAUAUAUGGGGCCUCUGCAGCAAGUCGUGGAAUCUGAAGAGAUUUCCCUGGAGCUCAAACACCACACAGAAGCUAUGGGGUUGACCUCUGAGGCAAGGCUUCAAGGAAAGGAAUUCCUUGGAAUGACCCCACUACCAAUAAGUCAAGUCAAUGGAUGUGCAGAGAGAUCUCCAAGGCCGUAUCCUCAAGAUUUAGAACCUGUGGAGCCAAUCUCUGAAAAAAGACUGCAAAGGGAAGAAUCUGUAGUAUUGAUUCCAAAGUCAUUACAUCACAUUCCAGAUUCUGUUUCAGGGAUGGCACCAAGGCUAGGACAUCAAGUCCCUGAAUUUGUGGAGCUGACUUCUGAGACAGGGCUGCGAGUGGAGAAAACUUUGGAAUUGACCCCAAAAUCACAGAAUCAUGUGGGAUCUUUAGGGAUAAUAUUAGGGUUAGGACAUCAAGUCCAAGAAUCUGUAAAUUCGUCCUCUAAGCCAUGGCUGCAAGUAGAAAAAUCUUUAAAGUUGUCUCCAAAGCAAACAAGUCAAGUUGUGAGACAUGCAGAAUCUGUAGAACUCACCUCUGAGACAUGGCAGCAAAGGGAGGUAUCAGUGGGACAAACACAGUCAGAUAAUCAAAGUAUAAACUAUUCAGGGAUAGCUCCAGGACCACUGGGUCAAAUUAUAGAAUUUAUGAGGAUUAGUCCAGAGCCAUUAGAUCAAGUCACAGAAUCUGCAAGAACACAGCUUCAAGUUGCUCAAUCACAGGGGGUGAGCCCAGCAGAUUCCCCAAAAGUUAUUCUGUCUGUGAAAGUGACCCCUGGGCCACCAUUUCAGGUUGCAAAGUCUGUGACAAUACCAGGGGCAAUCCCUCAAAUGGGAGAAUGUGUUGAGUUGACUCCAGAACUGCAAGAUGUGAGACCUUCAGAGUUUGCUUCAAGGCUAUGGUCCCAAGAUGUGAACCCUAAAAAAUUAAUCUCAGAGCCAACACACCAAAUUUUGGAAACAAUGGAGUUGACAGGGUUUCAAAUUGUAAAGACGAUAUUAGUCCCUGGGCCACUCCCUCAAAUCAUAAAAUCUGAGGAAUUAGCACCAGGACCAGUUCCUCAGAUUGUAGAACCAAUAAGAAUAGCCCUAGAAUCAGGAAUUGAAGUAUUGGAUUGUUUGGAUUUACUCUCAAGGUCACAUAUUCAAGAACUAAUAGAACCUGUAGAAUUAACUCCAUGGCCAAAUAGUCAAGUGAAAUCUGAAGAAUUAAUCUCACAGCAAACAUCUCCAUUUGAAGAACCUAUAGUAUUGACUCAUAAACAAGGGCUUCAGGCUGUGAAAUCUAUCGUGAUAAAAACAGAGCCUCCUAAAGUUGUGGAAUGUGAGAAUUUGAAUCUAGAACAAAUGAGUCAGAAUAGGGAGUCUGAGGAAUUAAAAACAGAAGAGGUACAAGUAGGAACUUCCUUCUCUAGUUUCCUACACAGCUCUUCAACCCCGUUCAUUUCAAGCUCUGUCAAAACAACAUCUGAGUUGGCAGGACUCCGGGAUUCUGGGAUGCCAGAAGUAUCAAGAUCUUUGGAUACAACAGACUUUGAAACAGGUAUUUUGCAGCCUGAAGAGUCCUAUAUAGGCCCUACUAUGAUACAGUCUUCAAUUCUUCCCUUGGCCCUUCAUAAUCAACCCUCUGAUAAGAUAGCUAACACUGUGGAAAACUUAUGUCCUGCGAUCCUAGGAGUGGAUGUCAUAUCCAAGGAAAGAACUAAGAGGAAGCAGUUGGAGAACUCAUUCCGGAGACAUCCACCACGAAGCUGGAGAUCACCAUCUGGGACAUUCCAGGAAGAGCCAGCAGUUCGAAGAGGCCUUUCUAAUUCUUUCCUGGGCAGACAACAGAAUGUCUGGGAGAGUCAUACCUGGAGGCAGCGAUUACCUAGAAAAUAUCUCUCCACUAUGCUAAUGUUGGGAAAUGUCUUGGGGACCACUAUGGAAAGGAAGCUUUUUUCUCGAACAUCUUUAGCAGAAAGAGCCACUGCAGAUAAGUGUCAAGCUAUUCAAAAUUUAUUUGGGGUUCCAGCUGAACUGAUGGAAUUUUCCCAGAGCCUGCUAGAGAAGGGCCCAGGUACUAUUUCUCAGCGUUCAGUGGUCAAAAACUAUAUUCAGAGACAUACUUUAUGCCAUGGUCCUGAUAAAAGAAUGUCCUUAAGGAUAUGGACACGUGGCUCCACAUCUUCCAUAAUACAGCAAUACUCUGGGACUAUAAUGGGAAUAAAGAAAACAAAUUUGAGGCUCAGUGAUAUAUCCCAGGAAGCCAUUCAGCACAUACCUAUCUCAUGUGUAGGGGACCAGCUUCCUGCCCCAGUAAAGUCAAGGUCUUCCCUCAGGAUAUUUUACAAUAGGGAAGAUCCUGUUCCAAUGGAAGGGAGCAUGAGCUCACAGAGUGAUUCACAGACAAGGAUUUUUGAGCCCCAACAUUCCCUCAAGCCAAGUUAUCUUUCCCAGACCACCACUGACUUCUCUGAACAGUGCCAGUUGCUACAGGAUCUGCAGCUAAAAAUAGCAGCAAAACUGUUAAGGAAUCAAAUACCCCCCAAUAUGCCUCCACCUCUAGCUUCAGGUCUGGUCCUAAAAUACCCUAUCUGUCUACAGUGUGGCCGGUGUUCAGGAUUUAAUUGCUGCCAUAAAUUACAGGCCACUUUUGGGCCUUAUCUUCUUAUAUAUCCACAACUCCACCUUGUAAGCACUCCUGAAGGCCAUGGUGAGAUUCGGUUGCAUCUUGGCUUCAGGUUGCUGACUGGGAAAAGACCCCAAGUCUCAAAGUAUGAUGAAAGAGAUAGACCUAUCAUACCAAGGAGCUCUAUAUCACAAUCAAAAAGGAAAGCUAAAAUCUAUACUCAAGCUUCCAAGAGUUCUACUCCUACAAUAGAUUUUCAGUCCGAGUCUUCCCAGUCUCCUGCUUCUUCUGUACAAGUUCACACCAGGCAAUGGCAAUGUGGCAGCCCUAGACUAGUAGAAAAGACCGAAAAUAGAGAGCAUGAGCAUUAUGAAUGCACUCAAGUUCACAUGCUACCAGAGAGUGACUCUGAAAGCAAUUACAAGAAAAAAUGGGCUAAAGUGAGAACCAAGAAGACCUCUGAUUUAAAACGUCCCAAGAGGAGAAUCAACAAGGGAAGUAGAAAACAAAAUGCAAAGUUCUACACAAACAGUAGAACCACAAUAGAGAGUACCUCUAGGGAAUUACCAGCUUUAAGAAGGAAGAGGGUUGGAACAGCUCAGACAAGUACUGCUGCCUCUUUAAAAAGACCACCUAAGAAAUACUCCCAAACCAAGUUCUUGCAAUUGCUUUUUCAGGGCCUCAGGCAAGCAUUUCAAACAGUACACAGGGUUUUAGCUUCUGCUGGGCAGAAGCCUGAGGAUAAAACAAGGCCAGACAAUUUGCAGUCAAGCAAAAAGUACCUGCCAAAACAAAAAGUCACAGACUAUUGCUUACCAACAGAUAUCAAAAGAGACAGGAAGCCAGUUGACAAGCUAAGGCCAACAGGCUCAGCCACUAAGCAGGGGGACGUAUUAUGGGGAGCAACAGACCAAUGUAGAUCAGCUCAACAGCCAAAAAGUGAUGGCUCUCUUCAACUAGGACCUCUCCAGCUGCCUAAGCCCAUAGGUUCCCAAAGAGAUACCACUUUCCAGAUGAUCUCAGUUGGGCAUUUGGGUACAGUUCAAAAAAACAGCAGUAGCAGAUCAAAGAAAGACUUCUGCAGAAAUGAAAUCUCCAGCCAGGAGUCUAAGAACUUGGCCACGCUAGGAACCAGAGUUCAGGCCCAAAGUAGAAUCCUCCCGGGUUCCCCUAUGAAGAGAAGCCGGCACAGUCACCUUAAAGAGAAGCUCAUACACAAGGAGCGAAGCCACCACCGCAUCUACAGAGACAGAACCCGACGGGAUCCCUUUGAGAGGAGUCCUUGCAGUUCCUCUCAAAGAGACCAUCGCAGACCCUUUGGGAGGAGACACCAUCGUCUCUCUGAGAGAAGCUCUCGCAGUCCCUCUUGGAGAGACCAUUGCAGUUCUGAGAUGAGACGUCCAAGUCUGUCUGAGAGGAGCCUUCCAAGCCUCUCUCUGAGAGACCAUCGCAGACUUUCCGAGAGGAGACGAUACAGUCUCUCUGAGAGAAGCCCUCGAAGUCCCUCUCGAACAGACCAUCGCAGAUCCUCUGAGAGAUGUCACAGCCUCUUGGAGAACAGUCAUCACCGUCCCUCAGGGAGGAGCCAACGCAGUCCCUCAGAGAGGAGAUGUCUCAGACCCUCUGAGAGGAGCCGUCCCAGUCCCUCUGAGAGGAGCCGUCCCAGUCCCUCUGAGAGGAGCCGUCGCAGUUUCUCUGAGAGGAGCCGUCGCAGUUUCUCUGAGAGGAGCCUUCGCAGUUUCUCUGAGAGGAGCCGUCCCAGUUUCUCUGAGAGGAGCCACUGCAGUCCCUCUGAGAGGAGUCGUCGCAGUCCCUCUGAGAGGAAAGCACACAGCUCCUCUGGGAAAACCCGCCACAGGCCUGAGAUGAGGCAAGGCAGGCCCCCUGAGAGGAGCCAUCGCAGUUCCUGUGAGAGGAGCCGUCGCAGUCCCUCCGAGAGGAGCCAUCAUCGCAGCCCCUCGGAGAGGGGCCGUCGCAGUCCUCCUACGGAGCGACACCAGCACAGUUCCCCCAAGGAGAGCCACCGCCGGUCCAAAGGCUUCAAGCGCGCCUCAAGCGGGUCUCCAAGGGCGCGCGCACAAAAACGCUGGAGCCGGGCGAGUGUGGAGCCCGGAGCCGGGUGA